CAUGAAAAUCUAUAGAGAUUGUCAAUAUAGUGAAAUAAUACGUUCUAUGUUCAUGGGUAUUUCCAACCUCAAUGUCUGAAUUAAAGUAUUAUGUUAAAUUGAAGUAGUGGUAUAUACUAACAACAAUGAAUCAUAAUAUCUAACGUUUUCCUUCCUCAGCCGCCUAGUAUCCUAAAUAUACAAGACAAAUACAUCGAAAUAUGCCGGAGCACUUGGAAUUGCAACAUCUUGUAGAUCUAUCGGUCGGGAGUGGCGACGAAUCAGUACCGAACUUAUUGGAGAAUAAGAGACCACUUAUUAAACGAUGUCCUUAUCUCGGUUUGAUACUUGCGACACUCUCAUCACUAUUUUUCUCACUAUGCUCAGUUAUUGUGAAGAGCUUGGUAAAUAUAGACCCCAUGCAACUUGCAAUGUUCCGGUUUAUAGGGGUUCUACUGCCAACAAUACCUAUUGUUAUAUAUACAGAACAACCGGUGUUCCCUCAAGGUAAACGUGUGCUGUUAAUUUUGCGAUCUAUUGUAGGCACGGUGGGACUAAUGUUAAGUUUUUAUGCAUUCAGGAAUAUGCCCCUCGCUGAUGCAUCUGUUAUUGUAUUUUCUGUGCCAGUUUUUGUGGCACUUUUUGCUAGAGUCUUUUUAAAAGAACCUUGUGGUAUUUGGAACACAAUAUCAAUAAUAUUAACACUGAUAGGUGUUAUCUUAAUAACACAUCCACCAUUUAUAUUUGGCAGCUACCAAAUAGAGACAAAUCAAAAUUAUAAUAGCUUGAGGGGUGCUAUUGCUGCAUUUGUUUCGACAAUAUUCGGCGCAAAUGCCUAUGUUUUACUCAGAGUUCUAAAAGGUUUGCACUUUUCUGUAAUUAUGACCAAUUUCGGUGCUAUUGCUAUAAUGCAGACAUUGUUUUAUUCUUUUAUUUUCGGUGCUUUAUGUAUGCCGAAUUGUGGAACUGAACGGUUCCUAGUUGUGUGCCUAGCCUUAUUCAGUUAUUUGGGACAGAUUUUGUUAACAAUGUCUUUACAAAUGGAACAGGCAGGACCAGUUGCUAUAGCUCGUUCUGCGGAUAUUGUUUUUGCUUUCUUAUGGCAGGUUAUGUUUUUUAACGAAAUACCAAGCAAGUUUUCUAUAUUAGGAGCUGUAUUAGUUCUGAGUUCAGUUAUGUUGGUAGGUUUACGAAAAUGGGCUUUAGCAUUGCCUGCUGAUUCACAAUUGAGAAGUAAGUUAGGAAUAUUGGCACAGUAAUUAACAAUAUUCUUUUAUAUGUAAAUGCAGCAUUUUUUAAACCUAUAUAAUGUUCACUUUGUAAAUUUUGGAAAUUGAAUGCUCUUGCAUGUCCAAGGGAAUCUUAAGGGUUCCCCUUUAAAGUAUAAUCAUUUCUGUGGGACCAAGUAUUUUCAAAAUCACUUUAUUUUAUUUGUUAUGCUUGGUCACACAGAUAUGGCCCUACCUUUCCUUUGGCCAUGCAUGCAUGUUUCAUUUGCUAUUGAAUUUAGUAAACCUGUAGAAACUACUUUUCAAUAUUGUUUUCAAUUUUAUCAUUACAGUUUACCAGUCUUAUAUCUGAUUCCAUAUACAUUAUUGAGAAAUAAUAAAUAUUGCUUGAUAGAUUAUUUGGACAUGUAUACUUAUAUAUUUACUUACAUGCUCACAUAUAAAGCAUGUGAAAAUAUUUUAUUAAUUCAGUAAAUUAAAUGUUUGACAAUAUAAAUGUGUGAUACUUCAUCUAUUGAAGUACAGCACCAAAUAAUUAAGACUGUUCAAAGUCUUGUGUUGUGUGUACUUGCCUCUAUAUCUCUUGUGUUGUGCUCCUUAUAAGCUUUAAAUAUUAAUUUGUUAAAGUAAUUGCAAAUCUAUCUCAUAUGUAAGUUUAUCACAGUGUUAUUUAUAUACAUAUUACCUUUGUAUUCUUCCUAUUUAGAUGGUAAAUUCUAAUCUUAAAUGUAUUAUUAGUUGUAACAUUUACAAUAUUGAGCUGUUUGUAAGAUCACAUAAGAUCUGUAUCAAAUAUUAUUUUACAUCCUGCAAUUGCUUCUAGUCAUUUGUUUUUAUAUAGGAGUUAGUCUCUAAGUGAUAAAUAAUAGAAAUACUUAAGUCACAGUUACGUAAUAGAAGUUAAAUUGACGUUAAAAGGUUUUAUCAUUGCUGCAAGCACUAGCUAUCAGUGAUAAGUUAAAUGCAUGAAAUAUUUCUUGCAAAUGACACUCAGUAACCAAAGUAAUCACUUUAAAUAGUAUUUAGUAUUUGCUCAGAAAAAACUUAACUUUAUCCCCUUGGAAACUAAAUCCCGUCUAAGCUUUAAAACAGCUAUGCUGUUAACAAAAUCAUUAUUUAUUUAAAAAAAAUCUUAAACACAUCUCUUCAAAUAAAAGGCGAUUUGAAACCAAACAUCAUCAUAUCGUAGGUUAUUUGUACAAAUAAAAAAUAACCGAUCACUUUCUUUCAAUAAAUAUAAUCCUAUGAAAUUAGUAUAACACAUUAUGUCCUACAUUUUUGCUGAAUGUAGGUACUUGUGAUACUAUUAAUAAUUUAAUUGUAUUUGUUUAAUUGCAACACCAUAUCAUUCUAGUCAUUAAUUAUAAUAAUAAUUAUUAUUAUUGUAUGAAACUGUUUUUCUUAUAUAUUAACAAUUAUUGUGAUAAACCUUUAGCCAGGAAAAUACUAUGUAUCCAUGCUUAUU